AUGCCCUUCCCGUCACCCAAGCUGGGCAGGUACAUGGAACCCCACAUGGUGGGCGGCCACUUUGGCCACCGAUUGAAACUCCGCCGCCACAUCGAGCAACCAGCACAGAGCGAGCGGCUCGAGCCCCGUGACGCGAAGCCACAAGCAAAGGGCCACUGCCAGCGACACAGCGAUGGUGCCAGACGCACAAAGAAGGUCGGGAUUGUGGGGAAGUACGGCACACGGUAUGGCGCCAGUCUGAGGAAGCAAAUCAAGAAGAUGGAAGUCAGUCAGCACUCGAAGUACUUUUGCCAGUUCUGCGGAAAGCACUGCAUCAAGCGCGUGGCUGUGGGGAUCUGGCACUGCAAGCCUUGCAACAAGACAAUUGCUGGUGGCGCUUAUGUUUUGAACACGGGAACGUCGAUCACUGUGAGGAGCACCAUCCGUCGUCUGCGAGAUUUGCAAACUGACUGA